AGGCAUUCGAUCUUCGAUACUUCGCGUGAUCGUCAUUGAGUUUCCUUUUGCGCUUUUUUUUUAUGAAAGCUGAUUAAAGAAAUGUCUGAUGUUCAAACCCUUAUUGAGAUGGGAUUUCCAAAGAACAGAGCGGAGAAGGCUUUGGCCAUUACAAAAUAUAGGGGAGUGCAAAUCGCUAUGGAUUGGCUAUUUGAACAUGCUUCAGAUCCUGACAUUGAUGAGCCGGUCAAAAUAGAUCCUGGUCAUAUCCUUGGUGCAGAGUUGAGCAUACCUGGUGAAAAUAUUGAUGAAAGUGAUGGAAUAAAUGUUGUUGGUAUAAUGCAAGAAACAGACGGACAAGCAGAGGCACAAAUGCAAAUGCAUGCAUCCAGAACAGGUCAUCAAAAUUUUGCUGGGUCUACCGAAGAAGUGAAGCCAUUGACCGAAGAGGAGAAAAAAGCUCAGUUGGAGAAGCUGCAGUCGAAGAUUAUUGAACGGCGUCAAGAAAGAGCAGAGAAGGAGAAACAGGAAAAACUUGAGCGUGAGAAAAUGCGACGAAAAAGCGGAAAAGAAAUGACGGAACAUAAGCAAAAGUUUGAACUUCAAGAAGCACAAAAGAUUGCCGAGCAAAAACGUCGCGAGAAACUGGAAGAGAAAAGACUGAGGCAAAAGUUAAAGGAGCAAAUCGCUCGAGAUCGGGCUGAAAAAGCAUCGCAGUCAUCGUCAUCUAUUAAACCUGCAAGUCAGGUGGUUUCACCAGCUGCAGGUGUAACAUCCCAUGGAGUCACGCAGUCACCGUCGAAAGAAUAUUCAAACUGCAGAAUACAGUUUCGCCUGUUGACUGGAUCUACAAUAUCUGGGACUUUUCAACCCACUGAUACGAUAUCUACAGUUGUAUCAUACGUUAAAGAAAACAGAACUGAUGGCUCUGAGCCGUUCGCUUUAUGUACAACAUUUCCGAGGAAAAAAUUCAGCGAUCUUGACAUGGAAAAAUCCGUUAAGGAAUGUGGUUUAGUUCCCUCAGCCGUUUUAGUUCUCACGAAACCUUGAUGUGAACAGCAUCGCUUGUGUGCGAGUUCAAAUCGAAGCUUGUCUACAAAAUAUAUUUUUUUUACAAGAAGGAAAA